UCAAUUUCCAUCAACGAAAUAGCUGAAUAAUAAAUUAAAAGAAAAUUUUUGAACAGGGAAUUAACUUGAAACCAAAAAAGUUUUGAUUCCCUCAUUAAAAAAAAACGAAAAAAAAUUUAUAUUCACGCUUCAAAUUUUUCAAAGAGAAAAGUACCUCAAUUCACGAUGGUUUACAACUUCAAGGUAUUCAAAAAGGCAUCGCCCAAUGGAAAAGUCAAUCUUUACAUGGGAAAACGUGAUUUUGUCGAUCACGUAACGGGUGUCGAACCAAUUGACGGCAUCGUUGUUCUCGACGACGAAUACGUUCGUGAUCGUCGCAAGAUCUUCGGGCAACUUGUGUGCAGCUUCCGUUAUGGGCGCGAAGAAGACGAAGUCAUGGGUUUGAAUUUCCAAAAAGAACUUUAUUUGGCGUCGGAGCAAAUUUAUCCGGCUGCCGAGAAAUCAGAUCGUGAACCAACGAAACUGCAAGAACGACUUCUCAAGAAAUUGGGUCCAAAUGCCUUCCCUUUUACGUUUAACAUUCCCGCAAGUGCUCCUGCUUCUGUUACGUUGCAACAAAAGGCAAGCGCCGAAGGAGAACCCUGUGGCGUUCAAUAUUUCGUGAAAAUCUUUCAAGGCGAAUCCGAUACUGAUCGUACACAUCGUCGAUCAACUGUUGCUUUGGGCAUUCGCAAAAUUCAAUUUGCUCCGUCGAAGCAAGGAGCUCAACCUUGCACGAUUGUUCGAAAGGAUUUCAUGUUGAGUCCCGGCGAACUCGAGUUGGAAGUAACGCUCGACAAGCAAUUGUACUUCCAUGGCGAGAAAAUUGCUGCGAAUUUGUGUAUUCGUAAUAACUCGAACAAGGUUGUGAAGAAAAUCAAGGCGAUGGUACAACAAGGCGUUGAUGUGUGUCUUUUCCAAAAUGGGCAAUAUCGCAACACAAUUACGAGCAUGGAAACUGUCGAAGGAUGCCCUUUGCAACCGGGAUCAAGUCUGCAAAAGACAAUUUAUCUCGUGCCAACUCUCUAUUCGGUGCAAAAUAAACAAGGAAUUGCUUUGGAUGGACAACUCAAGCGACAAGAUACUAAUUUGGCAUCAACUACUCUCCUUUCAUCUCCUGAACAACGUGACGCUUUCGGAAUUAUCGUCUCAUAUGCCGUCAAAGUCAAACUUUUCUUGGGCGCAUUAGGCGGAGAAGUUUCUGCAGAACUUCCUUAAAAAAAAAAAAAAAAAAA